GAAGAGGCCAGAAACGGCCCUCGGUGAAAUAACCCAGCCCCGACAGGCCUGAGGAGCCGAGAAAGGGAGAGAUGUGAGCUGCAGCCUCUGGUGACCCACAGAACCCUCCUCUGAUUGCUAUUUUCAAAGUUCCUUGGGAACUCUCUGAGGCGAAGAACAAGAUGUAGGAAAAUGAGACCAACUCCUGGGCGCCCCGAGCUUCAAAACCCUUUUUGUGGCCCAAAGAAGCUCACCUUGACCUCGGGGGGGCUGGUGAGCUCUGUCCUCCCUUCUCCUGGCGUCAGCCGAGCACAGGACGUGCCCUUCCACUCUGGUGUAGUGUCACCUUUGCAGAGGGAAUAAGACUGAAGACCCCCCAGGGGUUCCAUCCCUAAGGGAAGCUUGGGCAAGGGAGCCUCCCUUCCUCCCCUCCCCACCCCACCCCCAGCCGAGCCCCAGCGAGCCAAUCCGGAAUGAUCCCGCUAUGGCCAAGCUCUGGUUCAAAUUCCAGCGGUACUUCCGCCGGAAACCUGUACGUUUCUUCACCUUCCUGGUGCUCUACCUGAUGGCCGGGAGCCUCGUCUUCCUUCACUCUGGCUUCGUGGGCCAGCCCGCCGUCUCCCAGAACCAGGCCAACCCCGCUGCGGGGGUCCCGGCCGAGGGCGCUGAGCUGCCCUUCUUGGGCGACUUGCAUCUGGGCAGAGGCUUCCGGGACGUGGGCGAAGCCUCGAGCAUCGCCCGCAGGUAUGGACCCUGGUUCAAGGGCAAGGAUGGGAAUGAGAGAGCCAAGCUGGGCGACUAUGGCGGAGCCUGGAGCCGAGCCCUCAAGGGGAGGGUCGUCCGGGAGAAGGAGGAGGAGCGAGCCAAGUACAUCGGCUGCUACCUGGAUGACACCCAGAGCCGGGCCCUACGAGGCGUCUCCUUUUUUGACUACAAAAAGAUGACCGUCUUCCGUUGCCAGGACAACUGUGCAGAACGGGGUUACCUAUAUGCCGGGCUGGAGUUCGGCGCCGAGUGCUACUGCGGCCACAAAAUCCAGGCGACAAACGUGAGCGAGGCCGAGUGCGACAUGGAGUGCAAGGGCGAGCGGGGCAGCGUGUGCGGCGGCGCCAACCGCCUGUCGGUCUACCGGCUGCAGCUGGCCCAGGAGUCGGCCCGCAGGUACGGAAGUGCAGUCUUCCGAGGCUGCUUCCGCAGACCCAACAACCUCUCCCUGGCCUUGCCAGUGACGGCCGCCAUGCCGAACAUGUCCGUGGACAAGUGCGUGGACCUCUGCACAGAGAAGGAGUACCCGCUGGCAGCCCUUGCGGGCACUGCCUGCCACUGUGGGUUCCCCACCACGCGAUUUCCCCUCCACGAGAGAGAAGACGAACAGCUCUGUGCCCAGAAGUGCAGCGCAGAGGAGUUUGAGAGCUGCGGGACCCCCAGUUACUUCAUUGUGUACCAGACACAGGUCCAAGACAACCGCUGCAUGGACAGAAGGUUUCUUCCAGCCAAGUCCAAGCAGCUCAUCGCUCUGGCCAGCUUCCCGGGUGCCGGCAACACGUGGGCUCGCCACCUCAUCGAGCUGGCCACCGGCUUCUACACUGGCAGCUACUACUUCGACGGUUCUCUCUACAACAAAGGGUUCAAAGGCGAGCGGGACCACUGGCGCAGCGGGAGGACCAUCUGCAUCAAGACGCACGAGAGCGGCCAGAAGGAGAUCGAGGCCUUCGACGCCGCCAUCCUGCUCAUCCGUAACCCCUACAAGGCCCUCAUGGCGGAGUUCAACCGCAAGUAUGGCGGCCACAUCGGCUUCGCCGCCCACGCGCACUGGAAGGGCAAAGAGUGGCCAGAGUUUGUGAGGAACUAUGCCCCGUGGUGGGCCACUCACACGCUGGACUGGCUCCAGUUUGGCAAGAAGGUGCUAGUGGUGCACUUUGAGGACCUGAAGCAGGACCUCUUCGUGCAGCUGGGCCGGAUGGUCAGCCUGCUGGGUGUGGCCGUCAGGGAGGACCGGCUGCUCUGCGUGGAGAGCCAGAAGGACGGCAACUUCAAGCGCUCAGGGCUCCGGAAGCUGGAGUAUGACCCCUACACGGUGGACAUGCAGAAGACCAUCUCCGCCUACAUCAAGAUGGUGGACGCGGCCCUCAAAGGGAGGAACCUCACGGGCGUCCCCGAGGACUACUACCCUAGAUGAUGCGUCAGGGGGGAGGGGGCUAGGCGUCCUGGCCAAGCAGGCCCUGGGGACUCAAGACCAUCUGUCUGUCCUCUCUUUCGUUUGGGGACAAUCCCUUUGGCUGCUGUUGGCCUGCAAUGAGUUUCCUGCAUGACAAAGGAGGCUCAGGGGAAGAGACUGUCCGGGCACUCCCCACCUAGUCACACCCCCUCUUGGAGAUGGGGGGCAACUGGUUUGGGGAGUUCCAGCCACAUGGACCCUUUCUUUCUCCCAUGUCGCUGCCCCCAUCACUCUCGGCUCCACUUGUGGGAGGGAGGGCUCAUGAGUGUCCUGAACGCAUGGGUGCCCCACCACAGGCAUCAAGGACCUCCAUGCGACAGCUAAAGGGACUGUUGUAAAAAACAGUGGCCCCAGACUCUCUUCCCUUCUGGGCUGAGCAUUGAGAGCCUCCCUGUCUCUUCUCCGCCUGGAAGCAUGGCAUCAAGGUCCAUCCAGGCCACUUCUGAUUGA